GGACAUCGCCUCAUAGGGGAAGAGCCCUCUUCCGUAAAGGGAAAUAAGCGCGAAACUGUUUGUUUUUGUUUUUUCCUUCUUUUUCGGUUUUGGUUAGUCGGUUUUUGUGCAAAAAGUUCAAAUACCACUGGAAGCGCAAGGCAAAACAAGCUGGUUUAAGGCAAAACAACGGGUGGCGGGUAGCUCAGAAGCACUAGGAUAACACAUAACAAAGAUGAAACUGGUUAGAUUUCUUAUGAAGCUCACCAACGAGACGGUACAGGUUGAGCUGAAAGACGGUACAGUGGUACAGGGCACUGUUGUGAUGGUAGCGCCAACGAUGAAUAUCACUCUGAAGAAGGUGAAGAUGACGCUGAGACAUAGGGACCCGAUAGUGGUAGAUUUCAUCAACAUCAGAGGCAGUAACGUGAGAAACGUCAUAUUGCCGGACUCCCUGAAUCUCGAUUUGCUGCUACAGGAUAAUGUAACGCAGGUGAAGAAGAAGAAGAGAAGACUCGACACUAAUGAUGCGACGUCUCAUGGGGGUGCCAAAAGGGUUAGAAGGGCUCUCUAGAGAGCUACAUAUAUAUGUAUUACUAAUGUCAUGAAAUUCAAGAGCCAUGUUUACAUGUUGUCGUCAUUCACUCGCGCCCAUGAAGGGCAGCGUUAGCCCUAUGAAGAAGUCCUCCGUCAGUAGUCUGUCCACAAUGACAUCCACCGUGGUCAAUGACCACGCCCCGUUCUCAAAGAGAAUAAUCUUUCUAUAGUCACUCAGGUGCUGUCUCAGUGUGUCCUGAUCCCUCUCCACUAUUCUUACGUAGAGCAAUGCCAGCACUUUCAGGUAUUUGAACUCGU